AUGGCGGUCCUCCACAAAAUCGUCCAGGGCGGCGGUCCGCUCCGCUCGAGUCGCAGCCCAGUUGUUGGCAGGACUCUCAGCUUGGGACCUGCUUCAUGGGCUCGGCCCGCGGCCCGCGAAACCCGGGCCUGGGCGGCUUCGACUCGAGGCUGGCGCGGUUGUGGAUCUGUGCAGCUUCCGGCUCCGUCGUGCAUGGAGGUGCCCGAGGCACGUCGCCCAUCCGUCGGAGUCGAUGCAGGACGCGAGGCGGAGCGAGCAAGCAUCCGGAUGCAAAGCGCAUCAGAGCGCUCUCCCGCGAGGGUCGGAAGAGAUCUCCAGGCUGACAAUGGAAAGUUCGUGAGCCUCGGGCCGAAGUCUUCCCCUCCACCGAAGGCUCACAGUGAAUCCACAGACGCUGCGGAGAGCUGCAAGUCCAAGAGGACAGCCGUCCCCUCCGCUUGA